AUGUCGUCACACAGAGAAGGAGAACCCGUACGAGGACGUGGACCUGAAGAGGAGGAGUUUGGGUCGGAAGAACCGCUUGGUACCGGAAAGCAACCGGACCUGGAGCUCCCAGAAACUCAACUCACCUCCUCAGGUAACCCAGCUAGCUAGCAGAACUGAUGUAUUUUCCUGCGGUAAAAUUCUCCCUCAGACUAGAGUUAGAUCUCUGAAACCUGGACAGGAUCCUCCAAUAAUCUUGUUUCACAGCUAGAUUUCUCAUUAGUUGCGCUACAGAAGCCUUUUGAUGUGUUGAAACCAUUUGGAGUUCCAGUAAAAUACUGUCUGUCUGCCUGGAAAUGUAGGUUUGGCUCUGCUGCUUUAAUAUGGAUGGGCACUGUCUCGUCGUAGGAAAGAUGAUUUAGAAUUUCCUUGUGUUCAACUGGGAAUGAGGUCACUGUGCGGUGAGGAAAAUAUAUUGUAUUAUUCGGUAUGGUUACUUAUUGUCAUGACAAAAACCUCAGUCAAUCCCAGACCAAACCAGGAUCCAUUGCUUCAUCCUAUGGGCCCUGGUCAGAAGUAGUGCACUAUAAAGGGAAUAGGGUACCAUCUGAGACACAGCCUCAGUAUUGUCCUCUCUCUCCCCCUCCACAGCUGCCCUCUAAGCCCAGUAGCCUUUCCCUGCGCCUCUCUGGUCCCACAGACAAGAAGAGUCACCGGGCGUCCCGCCUGUCCAAGCGCCACAGCCAUGAUGACAUGCUGCCGCCCCAGCUGGGGGUCUCUCCCUCCCCCUGCUGUCUGCUGGAUGACGGCUUGAGCAGCGCCAGCGACACCCUGGCCUCCCGUAGACACCGGAGGAUCCCCAAGGUACAAUAUAAAACACUCCAGGCUGUAGGAAUGAACCUGUUCUCUCCAUGAGGAUCUCCUCAAGGACUAUUCUGGAAUGGAGCUCUUUUGUUUAACGUUUUUUGCAAGCCAUGUAUCUACGGGGCCAUGCAUCUAACUGAAAGGCAAAAUGGAGAUGUAAUGGAUUUGCUAUAGACUACACAAAUGUCAUUCUUUCGAAUAAUUCCUAAAUGCACUGUGUCCGAACUCUUUGCUGAUUCUCUUCAUACUCUGUUUUAAACACAAACCAUAUCCCAGUGAUAUUUCUGGACAUGGAGAGAGAGAACUGAGAAGGAUUUUAUGUCAAUCUCUUCCUCCUCCCACACACUCAAAUGGAACCAACUUUGAAGAGCUUCACCACAGGAGAUCAGAUAGUCCUAUACUGUAGGUGGUACACACACUGAGCUUCCCCUUUCCUCUCACUGUUUACAGAUGGUCCAGAGAAUCAACUCCAUUUACUGUACCAAGCGAGGGAAGAAGAGGCUUAAGAAGCUGACCUUGUCUAAUAUUGAGACGGCAUCUCUGAGAGGUACGUAGGGCUCAUCCCUUCCUUCUCUCCAUCCACUGUCUGGAACAGGGAGUAAAUAUUUGUGUCUCCGCCACCCACACAGUGUCCCAGUCAUCUCAUCUGUAUGGCAUAAACAUAUAGUUGUAGAGUUGACCCCUGACCCUAAACAAACCUUUUUUUCUCUCUCCGAUCUGUUUACAGAUGACAACAGCGAGAGCGAGAGCGACUCUGAUGACAGGUUCAAAGGUGAGAGGUCACAGUAUGCAGUUGAAGCUCAGUCCCUGGAGGGCAAUGGUGCAUGGAUUUGUUUCACUCACAGCAGAUACAACAAGCGCACGUCUCUGUUAGUUUUGACAAGUCGGUGUUUGGAACGAGACAUCGAUCAAGUGACUUGUGACCAAAGGGACCACAGAAAUGUAACUGAAAGGCAAGAUGUAAUGGAUUUGCUAUAGACUAUACAAAGUCAUUCGUUCGAAUAAUUCUUAAAUGCACUGUGUCCGAACUCUUUGCUGAUUCUGUUCUCACUCUGUUUUAAACACAAGCCAUCUGUGAUGACAGUUAUGGUGAACUAUAAGGUUUGUAUUUCUCUCUAAUCUGUGUUUAGGUUGUUAUGUGUUGGACUGUGUGAGGAUAAACAUGUGUGAGUAAAGAGGUUUAAUCAGUGUGUGGAAACCCAUCUAACGUUUUAAAUCCAGUUAAGUUUUGGUUCCCAGAAUGCUUUUGGUAGGUUAGAGAUAACAAUCAUUUAACCUCCAUUUGUUUGGUUUUUAAAGCAUUUCGUGAAUGUUUUUUUUUUUACAUGCCAGGAACAGCCUGGCAAAGUUUUCAGGGGGAAGUUCCUACAAUGUUUGAUUUCAUUUUCCUUUUACAUUGUAACAGCGUUUUGGAAACAUCAUGCUUGACUAAAUAUGUUCCAAUAAUGUUUGGACUGUAAGCUCUUUGUCAGACUGCAGGGCUUGUAUUGCACUAUUAGCUGUGAGUUCUGUCAGUUGUGUGUAGUACACAGUGUUUGGGCUAUGCAUUGUGUCAAUACAACCCUGUACUGAUGGUUGAACUGUCCAUAUCCCUCUCUCUUCUCUCCCCAGCUCACACCCAAAGGCUGCUGAAGCUACAGUCAAUGCUGCGGCGGGCCCCUAGCUACCGCACACUGGAGCUACAGCUGAUUGAGUGGCAGGAAAGGGAGCUGUUUGAGUACUUUGUGGUGGUGUCCCUCAAGAAGAAGCCUACCAAGAACUCCUUCUCCCCCGAAGUCACCUACCAGUUCCCCAAGGUAAGGGAACAACCCAAACUGUAUUCUGGCCCCUUGGUCAUGGGUCAGACAGCAUUGUCAAGUCCCUUUUUAAGUGAGAGAGAGAGGAUUUAAACAGGAAAGGGGUCCUCGUAGAUAACUCUUCUGAGACAUUACUCACUGGACCUACAGAAGUAUGUAUGCUGAGAGCGCUGAUACAGUUGAAGUCGGAAGUUACAUACACUUAGGUUGGAGUCAUUAAAACUCGUUUUUCAACCACUCCACAAAUUUCUUGUUAACAAACUAUAGUUUUGGCAAGUCGGUUAGGACAUCUACUUUGUGCAUGGCACAAGUAAUUUUUCCAAUAAUUGUUUACAGGCAGAUUAUUUCACUUUUAGUUCACUGUAUCACAAUUCCAGUGGGUCAGAAGUUUACAUACACUAAGUUGACUGUGCCUUUUUAAACAGCUUGUACAUUUCCAGAAAAUGAUGUCAUGGCUUUAGAAGCUUCUGAUAGGCUAAUUGACAUAAUUUGAGUCAAUUGGAGGUGUACCUGUGGAUGUAUUUCAAGGCCUACCUUGAAACUCAGUGCCUCUUUGCUUGACAUUAUGGGAAUAUCAAAAGAAAUCACCUCAGGAUUUUUUUUGUAGACCUCCACAAGCCUGGUUCAUCCUUGGGAGCAAUUUCCAAACGCCUGAAGGUACCACAUUCAUCUGUACAAACAAUAGUAUGCAAGUAUAAACACCAUGGGACCACGCAGCCAUCAUACUGCUCAGGAAGGAGACGCGUUCUGUCUCCUAGAGAUGAUCGUGCUUUGGUGCGAAAAGUGCAAAUCAAUUCCAGAACAACAGCAAAGGACCUUGUGAAGAUGCUGGAGGAAACAGGUACAAAGUAUCUAUAUCCACAGUAAAACGAGUCCUAUAUCGACAUAACCUGAAAGGCCACUCAGCAAGGAAGAAGCCACUGAUCCAAAACCUCCAUAAAAAAGCCAGACUACGGUUUGCAACUGCACAUGGGGACAAAGAUUGUACUUUUUGGAGAAAUGUCCUCUGGUCUGAUGAAACAAAAAUGGAACUGUUUGGCCAUAAUGACCAUCGUUAUGUUUGGAGGAAAAAGGGGGUAGCUUGCAAGCCGAAGAACACCAUCCCAACCGUGAAGCACGGGGGUGGCAGCAUCAUGCUGUGGGGGUGCUUUGCUGCAGGAGGGACUGGUGCACUUCACAAAAUAGAUGGCAUCAUGAGGAAGGAAAAUUAUGUGGAUAUAUUGCAACAUCUCAAGACAUCCGUCAGGAAGUUAAUGCUUGGUCGCAAAUGGGUCUUCUAAAUGGACAAUGACCCCAAGCAUACUUCCAAAGUUGUGGCAAAAUGGCUUAAGGACAACAAAGUCAAGGUAUUUGAGUGGCCAUCACAAAGCCCUGACCUCAAUCCUAUAGAAAUGUGUGGGCAGAACUGAAAAAGCGUGUGCGAGCAAGUAGGCCUACAAACCUGACUCAGUUACACCAUUCCCUCCCCUACCCUGGAUGACGCUGGGCCAAUUGUGCGACACCCCAUGGGUCUCCCGGUCGCGGCCGGCUACGUACCCUUGACUUAUUCCACAUUUUGUUGUGUUACUGCCUGAAUUCAAAAUUAAUUUAAACAAACAAAUCUCACCCAUCUACACCCAAUACCCCAUAUUGACAAAGUGAAAACAUGUUUUUUGAAAUUUUAGCACAUAAAAAAAAAUGGCAUACCAAAAUAUCUCAUUUAGAUAGAAAUUCACACCCCUGAGUCAAUGCAUGUUAUAAUCACCUAUGGCAGCGAUUACAGCUGAGUCUUUCUGGGUAAGUCUCUAAGAGCUUUGCACACCUGGAUUGUACAAUAUUUGCACAUUAUUUAUUUUUUAUUCAAGCUGUCAAGUUGGUUGUUGAUCAUUUCUAGACAGCCAUUUUCAAGUCUUGUCAUAGAUUUUCAUGCCGAUUUUAAGUCAAAACUGUAACUAGGCCACUCAGGAACAUUCAAUGUUGUCUUGGUUAUCAACUCCAGUGUAUAUUUGGCCUUGUGUUUUAGGUUAUUGUCCUGCUGAAAGGUGAAUUUGACUCCCAGUAUCUGUUGGAAAGCAGACUGAACCAGGUUUUCCUCUAGGAUUUUGCCUGUGCUUAACUCUAUUCUGUUUAUUUUUAUCCUAAAAAAAACUCUGUAGUCCUUGACGAUAACAAGUAUACCCAUAACAUGAUGCAGCCACCACCAUGCUUGAAAAUAUGAAGAGUGGUCCUCAGUGAUGUGUUGUGCUGGAUUUACCCCAAACAUAACACUUUGUAUUCAGGACAUAAAGUGAAUGUCUUUGUCACAUGAUUUGCCAUUUUACUUUAGUGCCUUAUUGCAAACAGGAUGCAUGUUUUGGAAUAUGUUGAUUCUGUACAGGCUUCCUUCUUUUCUUCUCUUCUUUCCUUCAUUUAGGUUAGUAUUGUGGAGUAACUACAGUGUUGUUGAUCCAUCCUCAGUUUUCUCCUAUCACAGCCAUUAAACUGGAACUGUUUUAAUGUCACUAUUGUUCUCAUGGUGAAAUCCCUGAGCGGUUUCCUUCCUCUCUGGCAACUGAGUUAGGAAGGACUAUAGUGACUGGGUGUAUUGAUACACCAUCCAAAGUGUAAUUAAUAACAUCACCAUGCUCAAAGGGAUAUUCAAUGUCUGUUCGUUUUUUUUUACCCAUCUACCAAUAGGUGCCCUUCUUUACGAAGCAUUUGAAAACCUCCCUGGUCUUUGUGGUUGAAUCUGUGUUUGAAAUUCACUGCUCGACUGAGGGACCUUACAGAUAAUCGAAUGUGUGGUACAGAGAUGAGGUAGUCAUUCAAAAAUCCUGUUAAACAACAUUUCUGUCCAUGCAACUUAUGUGACUUGUUACUCCUUAACUGGUUUAGACUUGCCAUAACAAAGAGGUUGAAUACUUAUUGAAUCAAGACAUUUCAGCUUUUCAUUUUAAUUAAUUUGUAAACAUUUCUAAAAACAUAAUUCCACUUUGACAUUAUGUGGUAUUAUGUGGAGGCCAGUGACACAAAUUCUCUUAAAUUGAAGCUGUAACACAACAAAAUGUGGAAAAAGUCAAGGAGUGUGAAUAGUCUCCCGAGUGGCGCAGUGGUCUAUGGCACUGCAUCGCAGUGCAAGCUGUGCCACUAGAGAUCCUAGUUCGUAUCCAGGCUCUGUCGUAGCCGGCCGCGACCGGGAGACCCAUGGGGCGGCGCACAAUUGGCCCAGCAUCAUCCAGGGUAGGGGAGGGAAUGGCCGGCAGGGAUGUAGCUCAGUUGGUAGAGCAUGGCGUUUGCAACGCCAGGGUUGUGGGUUUGAUUCCCACGGGGGGCCAGUAUGAAAAAAAAUAAAAAUAAUGUAUGCACUCACUAACUGUAAGUCGCUCUGGAUAAGAGCGUCUGCUAAAUGACUAAAAUGUAAAAUGUAAAAAUGUAAUACUUUCUGAAGGCACUGUAGAUGCAGAGAUUGCGGAAGAGUAGGGUCAUGGCCGUAACAUACGAGUUGAGGGAGUUUUGGGAGUUUAUUGACAGUAAGUGGUGUAACCAGGAAACGGUUUCUAUGGUACUUAAGCGUUUACUUACUCAAAGAUCUCUUUUUAAGUUAUUUAAGAUUUGGUUCAGUGAUAGAAUCCCCUGAGAGAUGUCGGUAUGUUGGUUCUCUGCCAGAGAAAAGCCUGACCCAAUGACGUCGGGGGGGAGAGGGGGGUUGGUGGUAAUGAUAAGGGGAGGAGGCGCUGACCCUGUGUGGGAGAAUGCUUAGGCUGGUAAUUUAUUCGUACUAUAGGGGAGGUUUUUGGGGACCCUGUAAAGAGGACACUCAGUAGACUGUAAGCGUCUGGGUCUGUUUCUGACUGAGGCGUUUCCUGUUCCUUUCUCGUCUCGUCUCACAGCUAGAGAGGCCCACCAAGCUGAUGAGGGAGGCAGAGCAGAGACUCAAAGCCAUCCCCCAAUUCUGCUUUCCAGAUGCCAAGGACUGGACCCCAGUGUCUGAAUACAGCAGGUACAGUAUGGGUUACUAUACAACCCCACUGCAUCACUGAGGAAAGCUCACCACCACACUGUUGGCCUAUUAGUCCCAUUCCUUGCUACAACCAGAUGGGCACUAAUCAGUUGGGAUGCACAAGUGUUUCAUAUAUAGAUUAAAGUUUUUAAAAACUACCAAAUCGAUAGUAUGAUUAGACGUGUAAAUAUCAACGAGUAAAAUUAGGAAGAAAACACAGAGAUUUAAUGCCAUUAUCUCCAUGAAUUCCUGGUAGACUCUUACUCUCACUCCUACUCCUGACAACGUGGGUCCCUAAAACAGUCUUCUCUCUCUGCCACAGAGACUGUACUACUUCACCAACCCUAAAGUGGGAAUGAGAUCCAACACUAUGUUUCCUUUGAUCACUGUUCAGUCUCUACAAUCUGAAUGCUGGUUUGACUAUAAUAGAGACUUGUGUGUCUGUCUGUGUCUGUGUGUGUGUGUGUGUGUGUGUGUGUGUGUGUGUGUGUGUGUGUGUGUGUGUGUGUGUGUGUGUGUGUGUGUGUGUGUGUGUGUGUGUGUGUUUGUGUUUCUCGGUACAGUGAGACCUUCUCGUUCAUGUUGACUGGAGAGGAUGGCAGCAGGAGGUUUGGGUACUGCAGGCGUCUGCUGGUAAGUAAGCCACCAUUAGUUCGCUGGUCCCUGUUCUGUUCACACCCUGCUGAGCCAGCCCUGUUUGUUUUGACAAGGUUUUUUUUAUCUGAACAACUGAUGUUUUUUUCCUGUGGGACCAUUGAGGAGUUAUUGCGUCACCAAGCUGGGUGUGAGUAGGAGAGAAAGUAAAUAAAGUGAAUUUUAAUGGCCGUAUGUAACAAAGCUUGGUUGUUUUUGCCUUUCAACACGGUCGGGAUGAAUCCUAGUUAAACUGGACUCCUUCUGUUUCAUGAGAGUUUCUCAGGAGAAGAAUGACGAAAAACAAACCAUGAAAUGUCUAAGUUUGUCAUUGUAGAGCACAACCCGCCAGUAAGGGUUGCUAGUCCUUUGAUGUUUUAUAAUGAGCCCACAUUUGGCUUGAGUUCAGAACGUAUGGCUGUGUGGGAUGUUGUGCUUGCUGUGAUUUUUUUAUGUCACUGUUAUGCCCAAGAAUGUGUACAUUCACACAGUGUGUAUGUUUUGUAGGGUUUGUCAGUGUGUUUUAGUAGCCUACUGUAUUUAUGUGUCACGUAGAUUCUUAAAUUCAGUUGUGGCUGUUUCUUGAUUGUAUUGAGCUCAGUAGUUGCUGACAUUAAGUAGCUGUAGAUCAGACGACUCCUGAUGCUGUGAGAGAGUGUGAGGUUACUUUUCUCCUCUCCGGUAACCCAGCUCCUUCCUUCCCUGGUGGAAGUCUAAGGAGCUGGCAUGAGCAACGCAUUCCUAAGGACUUUAACCAAGCUCCACAUGCUUGAUUUAAUCAUCCAUUUGGAGAAAGCAGAGGAGAAAAUUGCAUACCUAAUAUGGACAAGUGGAUCGGGAUUUCUUUAUAUGUAUGCACGUGUUAAUUUGUGUGUGUGUGUGUGUGUGUGUGUGUGUGUGUGUUUGGAGAUGGAUAGAUCCAGGAGGCCUGGUUGGCUCCAGAGUAGACUGGUGUGUGAUUGUUUAGUGUGGAGGGUAGGGGUGAUCAUUAACUGUGUAGAGACUGCAGCACCUGUGUUUAGUUUACAAUGGGAAGCCUCAGUCUCUCCAGAUUAAAGACGUCCACCAGCAGCAGAAAGGACAAAUCUAUAAAUAUUUAGUCAACCAAAGCUGAUUGUGAACUAACCUGGUGCUUUAUCUGAAUAAAAGCAAGUACACCACAUAGCUUUGGUCAACUUAAGCUGUUGGCUUUAUCAUGUUUGUGUGUAUGAUACUGUUACAGUAUAUUCUCAUUGAUGUUGCAUAUAAACCUAACCAAGCCCCUUUCUAUUUAUCUUAGUAUCUAUUGCCAUAUUACUGUCUGUGUCACCUUAUAAGCCUCUCUUCCCCAGUGACUGACGACUCUUAAUUUGUGCCCCUGUUCCAGCCAAGUGGGAAAGGGCCUCGCCUUCCUGAGGUGUACUGCGUCAUCAGCCGACUGGGCUGUUUCCACCUGUUCUCUAAGGUGAGUUCAUGCUUACACACAAACACACACACACACACACACCCUAGUUUAGCCAUUGUUGCGGUUACCUGUCUCUGAGUCGAGCCGAGGCCAGUGUUCCCAGGAGUGAGCUAGUUGAGGCUGUGCCAGCAUUUCCACUCAAAGGCAUCCUGUUCAGCAUAAACCUGAUUUCCCAGUUAAAUUGUUUCCUUCACUUGUUCCUGAGUUGAGAUAACAUGAAACAGAGUGCUCAUUGUGUUUAAGUUCUCCAUGCCUUAUCUGCCUCCUCAUGAAUCCUCUAUGAAGAGUGUAUUUGAAGUGAAUAAGGCCCGUGUUAAGGGAAACAGUUAAGAGGUAGUAGACGUAUCUAAUGAAUGGAAAUAACUUUUUAUUACUGUGUCGUGAGUGCUAAAAUGUGCCAAAAACUGUCCGUGAGUUUCAUUUCAUAUUCAUUUAGGGCUAAAAGGAUGCAUAAAUACAAUAGAUUGUUUCUGUCUUGUGACAGCACGGGCACCUCAACAGUGAGGGUUGAACAGCCCUCAUACAGAUGGCAGGGUGUAGGUUUCAGAAGGCACCGUUUUGAGGGCUUGAGAGCUGCGUAGGUGAGAGAGGAAAUGUUUUCCAAGGAGUUUGAAGUGCUUUUCUAGUUAAGGCGAGAAAGACGGGAGUGUUUGAUUUCACCGGGAACAGAGGGUGUGUGGGGAGUGGAGGUGAUAUCAUAUGACCCUUAAUGUGAGUGUGUGUCUCUCUCCAACAGACUUUCCAGACAGGAGUAGGCAGGUCUGAAACAGACAAACACAUGGGCAUAUUGGGUGGGAUUUUCCUUUGCCCUUUUCCACACAUAUCAGACAGCCACAGAAAGAAAUUCAUACUGUAUUUGUCAAAAGGAGCAAAGGUAGCCUGGUUCCAGACAUUAGCAGGAGCUUUCCUUCAGACAGCAACACGCUACCAUUUCCAUUCUAUCUUCACUGGCCAUACUGAUUGAAGGUACUGGUCUUGGUCUAUUAGGACUCUCAAUCUCAGUGCACCUAAGCUUGUAGAGGUCUGUAAUUCUUAUCAUAGGUACACUUCAACUGUGAGAGACGGAAUCUAAAACAAAAAUCCAGAAAAUCACAUUGUUAGAUUUUUAAGUAAUUCAUUUGCAUUUUAUUGCAUGACAUAAGUAUUUGAUCACCUACCAACCAGUAAGAAUUCCGGCUCUCACAGACCUGUUAGUUUUUCUUUAAGAAGCCCUCCUGUUCUCCUUCAUUACCUGUAUUAACUGCACCUGUUUGAACUCGUUACCUGUAUAAAAGACACCUGUCCACACACUCAAUCAAACAGACUCCAACCUCUCCACAAUGGCCAAGACCAGAGAGCUGUGUAAGGACAUCAGGGAUAAAAUUGUAGACCUGCACAAGGCUGGGAUGGGCUACAGAACAAUAGGCAAGCAGCUUGGUGAGAAGGCAACAACUGUUGGCGCAAUUAUUAGAAAAUGGAAGAAGUUCAAGAUGACGGUCAAUCACCCUCGGUCUGGGGCUCCAUGCAAGAUCUCACCUUGUGGGGCGUCAAUGAUCAUGAGGAAGGUGAGGGAUCAGCCCAGAACUACACGGCAGCACCUGGUCAAUGACCUGAAGAGAGCUGGGACCACAGUCUCAAAGAAAACCAUUAGUAACACACUACGCCGUCAUGGAUUAAAAUCCUGCAGCGCACGCAAGGUCCCCCUACUCAAGCCAGCGCAUGUCCAGGCCCGUCUGAAGUUUGCCAAUGACCAUCUGGAUGAUCCAGAGGAGGAAUGGGAGAAGGUAAUGUGGUCUGAUGAGACAAAAAUAGAGCUUUUUGGUCUAAACUCCACUCGCCGUGUUUGGAGGAAGAAGAAGGAUGAGUACAACCCCAAGAACACCAUCCCAACCGUGAAGCAUGGAGGUGAAAACAUCAUUCUUUGGGGAUGCUUUUCUGCAAAGGGGACAGGACGGCUGCACCGUAUUGAGGGGAGGAUGGAUGGGGCCAUGUAUCGCGAGAUCUUGGCCAACAACUUCCUUCCCUCAGUAAGAGCAUUGAAGAUGGGUCGUGGCUGGGUCUUCCAGCAUGACAACGACCCGAAACACACAGCCAGGGCAACUAAGGAGUGGCUCCGUAAGAAGCAUCUCAAGGUCCUGGAGUGGCCUAGCCAGUCUCCAGACCUGAACCCAAUAGAAAAUCUUUGGAGGGAGCUGAAAGUCCGUAUUGCCCAGCGACAGCCCCAAAACCUGAAGGAUCUGGAGAAGGUUUGUAUGGAGGAGUGGGCCAAAAUCCCUGCUGCAGUGUGUGCAAACCUGGUCAAGACCUACAGGAAACGUAUGAUCUCUGUAAUUGCAAACAAAGGUUUCUGUACCAAAUAUUAAGUUCUGCUUUUCUGAUGUAUCAAAUACUUAUGUCAUGCAAUAAAAUGCAAAUUAAUUACUUAAAAAUCAUACAAUGUGAUUUUCUGGAUUUUUGUUUUAGAUUCCGUCUCUCACAGUUGAAGUGUACCUAUGAUAAAAAUUACAGACCUCUACAUGCUUUGUAAGUAUGACCACGGUCCUUAAGGCACUAUAUUGGGGCUCCCGAGUGGCGCAGCGGUCCAUCGCAGUGCUAGAGGCGUCACUACAGACUCUGAUUCGAUUCCAGGCUGUAUCACAAUCCAUUCUAAAUAAGAAUUUGUUCUUAACUGACUUGCCUAGUUAAAUAAAAAAAUAAAGGGAAUUUGGGACAUUCUGUUUAAAAAAUUGAGUGUUGUGUCUGCAGUGUGGUCUAACUCUCAACCCCCUGUCCUGUGCUGUGUGUAGAUCCUGGAUGAGGUGGAGAGGCGGAGGGGGAUCUCUGCAGCCCUAGUCUACCCCUUCAUGAGGAGUCUGAUGGAGUCACCCUUCCCAGCGCCGGGGAAGACCAUCAAAGUCAAGACCUUCCUGCCUGGAGCAGGGAAUGAGGUUAGAGACACAUCAGCCCUUGGUUACUAAGGUUCCAGCAAAGAAGGAUGAUGCAUGAAGAUAAUGAGAUGUAUGCUUAAUUGAGCAUGACCUGUGACCUCUGUGAAUGUAUGACUGGUUGUGACCCCAGGUUGUGACCCCAGGUGGUGUUCUCCUCCCCAGGUCAUUGAGCUGAGGCGGCCCAUGGACUCCAGACUGGAGCAUGUAGACUUUGACAGUCUCUUCAGCUGCCUGAGUGUGCGUCAGGUGGUGCAGGUCUUCGCCUCCCUGCUGCUGGAGCGCAGAGUCAUCUUUGUGGCUGAUAAACUCAGGUGAGCGGCCAGACUCUUAUUGUUAGUAACCCUUCUAGUGAUAAGUAAAGAUGGAGAGAGAACUGAAUCACCUUCUCAUGGGAAGCUGUACCUGACUAAUGGUCAUGCCUUGUUAGAGGCAGGUGGGGGUUGUUGAAACUUGUAGAUGUUAGAUGAUAGUUACUUGUGCCAAGUGAAAUGCUCAAUAAUACCUUUAGAGGAAGUAUUUUGUUUAGGUAGUUCUGAAACGCUGUUGUCAUUUUUAAAUAAUGAUUGAAACUACAGUAUUUACAGAUAAAUCUGAUACGUAGAGCUCUGAAGGCCUGCUCAUAUUUUAGUGUAAGGUUAUCGCCCGACAAAGAUCUUAACCCUCUGACAUUAGGCUAUAAAUGGUAAAAAUAGUUCCUAGAAUACUUCAUCCUUCUCACACAUGGUGGCUAGGAGUGAGAUAAAUUGCUGUCUAGGAUUACAUUGUAUGUUAGCAAUAAUAUCCCUCCUCAUUUAUCGCUGAAGUCCACUGUCUUUUUCUGCAGUGAAUCCACCUAUUCUAACUCCAUUACAAUAACAUCUGCCUUAAAUGAGAGGGAUUUUAUCGCAUGCUCUUGUACAUUUUCCCUUUUCUGUUUACGUUCACACAGAGGCCUGACUGGAUUUGUUCAAUUUAAAAAGGUAUUCUCAGACCCACCUCAUUGCUGAGCUCAGGGUUCCUCUAUCUGUAUCUUUCUGGACACAUGGCUGUAAAGUACAGACUGACUAUGAUACCGUCAUCAUAACACUGUUUCACAUGUCUUGGUGCAUUUCCUCUCACAGAGAUGACAUAUCCUGAACUUUAAAGAACGGACUAACUUCAAAGAGAGAUUAUUUACAUAGUAUGUAUAACAGUUACAAUAGUGGGGAUUGCCCUGCCACUCUGCCAGUGCACUCUGGCUCACCCUAACUGUUGAUGCCAGAUUUAAUUCCUCAGUCGAGCUACUUGCCAUUCACCCGAUCUGCACGGAAAAUAGCAGCCUUCUACUGUGGCUUUGUCAGUUGGUGCUUAACGGGUUUAGCAUGCGGGGACAGGGUUAGAACUGUUAAAUUAAUCGGUGUAGCCAUCUUGGACCGCACCUACCAUCAUGGAGUAAUGGAACUCUCCCUGCAUGGACUCACAACUGAUGUGGUUCCAGAAGUGGGUCAUCUCUCUGCCGGGGGCCACUGUCCAACCACAGCAGGCAGGGUGGGGUGGGGCCGAUAACAUGGAGCUAGGGGUCUCCAAGGAGCCAGAGUCCCACCAGGCAGGCACAGCAAUCUGCCCCUGGCUAUAGCACAGCACUCUGGGCUGAGGGGCUCUGUUAGAGGGGGGCAGGUUUGUGUUGAACGGUAAUCUCUACAUAUCAGAGGACAGUUUAAACAAACAUCAGUGGGGGCAGUGACUGUGAGGGGAAGGAAUGUACUUCCUGUGUGCAGCGACUCUCCCCUCUGAUCUAUGGCUUCACUGUCACUGUAUGACUGAUGGCGCCAUGUUCAUUCCCUGGUCCCUGCCUGGCCUGUUCACUACAGCCCUCUCUCCACCCAGGGGGACUCCGAAAAAGCUGUUUUUGUCGUCACUCCGCCGUUUGAGACAACGACAACGACUCCCGGGUUCAUGUCAGUUGGCACAUCACCCAAAGAUAGUUUGUUAAUCAGUCACCCAUUUCUAAGGGCUCUCGUGAACAGCAGCAAGGACUUGAGAGCUGGAUCGAAUAGUCUGUGUCUGAGGUACUGUUAGUUAACAACACUGAAAAUCAGCACCAUGAGUCUGAACAGACUACAGUACUACAGCCCUGCUCAAUAUUAUAACUUCAUUGAAAACCAUACACUAUGACUUUUUUGAAUAUCAUAAAACCUGCUUUGUAUCAACACAAUCAGCGCGCCCCAGAAAACGGACCAGACCCCCUGUGUCUCAGUUCCCAUUGAAAACAGGAUUCAAGGAGCCACUCUGGGCGUCAUUGGGCCGUGUUGGGGAGAAGGGAGAGACCCUCUACUGACUUCACAGGUAAAAGGGUCUGGUCCCGCUGGAGACAGAGAACACAAUCCAAUCCCAGAAUUCCCUUCCAACACAACAUGAUGUAUGACUGGGUGUAAUGUAUAUCCAAUAGGAGAAGGGUCUGAGGGAGGGAAAACACCAAACAGGCCAUGUUAGGGAAUGUGUCAACACUGGGUUGUACUGUGGUAAUAUUUGAUAUAUAAGUAUUAUUUUUAAACCAGAUGGUUCGAGCCCUGAAUGCUGAUUGGCUGAAAGCAGGGGUAUAUCAGACCGUAUACCAUGGGUAUGACAAAAAAAGCUAAAAUGAUUUUUGGCCUUACUGCUAUUAGCCCAUACAAAUGCAUUGAAUAACAGAUUCACUACAUGGAACAACAGAUGGUCCCCCCCAAAAAUCAGAUGUUUAUUAUUAUUAUUAUUAUUAUUAUUAUUGUAGUUUUUUUUUUUACAUGUAUUUAACCUCUUAUUGUUGGCGCUAAACAGUCUAAGUCCUGUCUAAGCCGAGGGGGUUCUACUAAGCUAUAUGGAAUUGUUUUAAGAAGGUCAUACCAAGGAUCAUUUUGCUAUUUGAUUUAGAAUUUUGAGACCCCUUAUAUAUUAAAAUAUGAUUUGAUUAACAUUUUUAUUUGGCCUUACUGCUGUUAGCCCAUACAAACGCAUUGAAUAACAGAUUCACUACAUGGAACAACAGAUAGGCCCCCCCAAAAAAUAAAAGGAUGUUUGUUCUGAAAUGUCUGUCCUAUAUCUGAGAGAAAUAAGAAAGAUCAGCAAACAUAUUUUAUUUUUUUACAUGUAUUUAUUAACCCCUAAUUUUUGGCACUAAACAACGGGCCAUAUAUACAGUUGUAUCAUGUUUCAGGAGAUGACCCAGAUGCAGACAGUGUCGAAGUAACAAAAGUUUAUUACAAAAACAGGGGGCAGGCAAACGACAGGUCAAGGGCAGGCAGAGGUCAGUAAUCCAGAACAGAGUCCAAAAGGUACAGAAUGGCAGGCAGGCUUUGGGUCAGGGCAGGCAGAAUGGUCAAAACCGGGAAAACUAGAAAACAGGAACUUGAGAAAGACAGGAGCAAGGGGAAAACCGCUGGUAGGCUUAACGAAACAAAACGAACUGGCAACAGACAAACAGAGAACACAUGUAUAAAUACCCUGGGGAAAAUGGGGAAGAUGGGCGACACCUGGAGGGGGUGGAGACAAUCACAAAGACAGGUGAAACAGAUCAGGGUGUGACAAGUAGAGCAAAAUGGAGAACACCAUCGUGUUCGUGAGAGUCUCAUCUUUCCACAGAGGUUUGUAGGCCAAACCGUUCGGACGCAACAGACGAUUUUGUGAGAAGACCGAUUUUCAGGAUGUCUCAUGGUCUGAAAAACCCAGCUCUAGCUCUGUCACCUUUCAUUGCAGAUGCGGAAGUGCGACAUAGAUGGAUGCGGUGGAUUGAGACGCAUCCAAUGCAAACAAACAGAUAUCUCUAGCUUAAACUGACAAUUGUUUGUUUUUUAUUAUUAAUAAUAUGCUAAUUCGAAUAUGCUAAUUACACGUCAACCUUAGGUUUUUUUUUAAUGUUUAUCUGACUUUUUUUGAUAUUAUGGUAAAACCAUGUGCAAUCAAGUAUAAUGCGUUUAGCCGACUAAGAUCAACAAAUGGUCAUGAGAAGCGAAUAUCAAAUUACAUACAAGGUAUAAAGCUUAUGUUAUAAGGCACUACUGACCCUUAGGCAUUGUUCUGGGCCAUUUGCCAUGGGGCCAGUAAAUUAGGGCUGAGCCUACGGGGUUACAUGUACAUUUUAGUCAUUUAGCAGACGCUCUUAUCCAGAGCGACUUACAGUCAUAUUUUUUUCAUACUGGCCCCCCGUGGGAAUCGAACCCACAAUCCUGGCAUUGCAAGCGCAAUGCACUACCAACUAAGCUACACGGGACUACGUGUACUGUUGCGUUAACCCUUUAUUUGUACUGUAGGCUGUGUGUGACUUGUUUAAGGGGUCACAACGGGUCGUUUGCCUAAAGAAAGCGUCUUGGUAUGUCUCACCGAAACGUUUUCAAAAUGCUUUAUAUCAGACAUGUUGCUGCUUAUCUGUGAAAUCAAACAGCCAGACAGACAGUUACUCAGAACUGAUGCUGAUUAACCAGCAAAUGGCUGCUGUAAUAACAACGUUGAUGCCUAAUUACAUAAAUUCAUCAUCGGUUACAUCAGUCUGUAAUUGCUUAACCAGAUUUACCUGAAGGCUCUGUGCUGGGAUUGCUGCAGUGCUCAUAAUGUAAACAUCAUCUUCCAGUUAUUAUGGGUCUAGGGAGAGAAGGGUUACCACCACAGAGAGAGUUUAGGCUUGUUUGAUCUGCCUGUGAGUCUAAAUGGGCGGGUCUAAACUUUCCCUGCCAUUCUAUUGUUAGGGCUUGCCUGUGGGCUAGGUUCAAAAUAUACAGGUUAAGACAAGAGGAUUCUAAUAUCCCAUAACUCUUUGCAAUUCAUGGGACCAGCAUUGCUAGUUAGCAACGGCGCUAGUAGAUAUCAAUGGAGCUGAUCCCAUUAAUCUGUUUAUUUUCGAACGCUUCCGCAUGGAAUUACUUUGUUGUCUUAACCUUCCCAUUUUCAGCCUAGCCUGUGGGUGUAGAGGUGAUUGAAUCGCUUCUCUUUUUUUGGGCCAAUCUGAGAGCAUGGAGGUAGUUUCCGAUUACUGAAGUGCUUUAAUAAGUCAAUGUUUCUAUUGUAUUUGAUGAGAGGCCAACAGUAGAAGAGACAGGGGGUUGGGGGUAGGUAGUGUGUGUAUGAGUGGGAGAGAGGGAGAGAGGGAGAAAGCUAGUGGGUAAGAGAGGGAGAGAGGGAGAAAGCUAGAGGGUAAGAGAGGGAGAAACGGGGAGAACGAAAGAGCGGGGGGUGCAGAGGCAGAGCAAAAGACCGCCUCUGAAAGCUUUUCUCAUGGUCAUGGUGAAUUAAUCAGGCUCUUUUGUCUGAGGGGGAGAAGGAAGGCUGCUUUCUGUACCUAGUUUCCCCUUACACCGCUCACUGUAAUAUCAGAAAACUUCAAACUAACCCAUGGUAGUCACCAGAUGUAUUGCAUUUUUAUUUGUUUAAAAUCCUCCAUUCACACCCCAUUCAUAAUUUUCUUCUACCACCUGUUGAAAUGACUGGGGUUUGCAGUAGAUUCAGGAAGAGCCCAUUGCUCCAGACUCCAGCAGCCGUAUAAUAUGGUGUAUGGCAGUCUAUCUGUAACCCCAGGCUGUUAAAGUGAGCCACUGGAGGUAGCUACAGUGUACCGCUCUAAUCUGGGAACAUGCUGAACAGUUUAUUUAGUCCCUUAUUACUCCUGAACACUGUUGUAUCACACUGAGCAAUGCUGGCACCGCACCAAACAACCUACAACAACUUAACUCGUUCCCUGUGUGUAUUUCUAACACCCAAAGGUGGAGUGGAUGAACACAGUGGAAACAUAUGUCAAAGAUUUCUGUGAGACUGAAGAGGGAAACUCAGAUGAGGGAAACCAGAGGCCAAGCAUCUGACUUUCCCAUAAUUAUUAUUGUUAUUAUUAUUAAUAUAUACACACACUACAAUGCUGCCCACAAGAAGCACUGGAUUCAAUAGGACCAUGUGUAGGGUUGCCCAAGGGAAGCCUGAUCUUACUCUUCAACAGCUUCCGCUGCAACUGUUCAUACCAGGGAGUCCAAGCUUAGGCCGAGAUGGGGACUUGAGAUCCUUAUGGAGAGGAAGUGGGGAAAAGACAUUGGAGCUCUAUGUGAAUACUAAACAUUCUGCUAGAUGAGGACUGAGGGUUGAUUCAUUACUUAUUUUAUAUUUACAUCAUUUAGCAGGGAUGUCAAUGGGAGAAGUUGAGUUAUGAGCAUACAUCAAUUAAGAUUCAGCUCUGUAUAGAUAAUACACACACACAAAAUGCACCAAUGAGCAGUAUGCACACAAAUUCAAUCAUCAUUCUCAUCAUUGCUUAAUUUGAGCCGGAUCCUAAUAAAAGCGAUCAAAGUUCAUUUGAGUUUCCUCAACGUUAAUUCUCCUGACUCUAAUCUGUCUGCUGUAGGCUACUAAAAUAUUUGAUCAACUUCCAAAUAUUGUUUUACAAAGUAAAACAAGAGAGAGAUAGACUUUUGGCACAAACACAUCGGCCAUCACCGGCAUGUGAGUUGCGCAUGAUUGGGUUAUUGAGUCAGUGAAACUGGAAAGCAUUUUUAGGACUAUAAUUUCAACCUCAUAUUGUAGCCUACAAUAUGUGUGUCUCCACACACCUAGGCCUAGGCUAUUGAUGGAUUCAAGACAAGGUCAUUUUUAUUGAUCUCAGUGUGUCAGUGUCAAAGUAGCUUGUCAUUUCGACCAUUUGUGAGAUAUUAAAAAAGAUUCUGCCAAAGUCUCCAGUCAUGUAAAAUGAUGCAGAAUUGCAUGAAAUGCAUUUAUAAAAGGCACAACAACAACAAAAUCCUAGACCCUAGGCUACUAAAAAUGUUCCCCAUGUGUGCAACUAUCAGAGCUCCCCAGGUCACCCCUCUCUUGCGCUCACUUUUUUCCCCCGGUCCCUCCCGAUGUACAAAUUCAUUCAUCAUUCUCACCCUGAAAAAUAUGUAGAGUAUAUAUGCUUCAGCAUUAGGAGCUGUUAGGCAACAGGUGUACUGAUGCUCCUGCCAGGGCCUGUGUUUGUCCUAGGGUGAAAUGGGCCCGUCUGGGCUGGUGGAUGGUGCUGCUGACACUGGGACUCUCCAUCCUGCACCUGUGGGUCUGACAGAGUAAGCCUGUCUAUCCUGAGAGUUUCCUGGGAAUCUGCAUGCUCAGCCACAGGCAGACCCAGGCCAACCAUUCCUGAUCUGACAUGCUUAUAUAACCCCAAAUGCAAAAUAUCACAAAGCAAAGUUAGGAUCCUCUAAACUUAAGUGGACAUGGUUUUGUUAUGACCUAGUCUGUAAAGGUCUGCCAUUCCUUUCUGCUUUAGGCUGCGUCCCAAAUAGCACCCUUUUCCCUAUUGUCCCAAAAACCACCCUUUUCCCUAUGUAGUGCACUACUACCAAUAUGAGCUCUGAUCAAAAGUUGUGCAAUAUAUAAGGAAUAGGGUGCCAUUUGGCACGCAGCCUUAGAGAGUUGACUGGCAGCUCUGGGCAGAGAUGGUGUUUUUAUUGCAAGUUCAUCUUUUCCCAUGAGUGUUUCCCUCAGGACUGAGUGUGUAAGUGAUACUCAUGGUAUCAGUCCUCUCCUCUGCAGCGCUAGCUCUGUCUAGCAUGUGGCUGAGGUUCUAAGAGCUGUGCCCCAUCACUCCCUGUUUGAACAUGUCAAACCCCGGAGACUGGCUCUGUUGAAAGUGAUCAGCUCCUUCUGCAAAUAAAAAUCAGACCGUGAAACUGAGACUGCUUUCUGCUCUAUGUUAUGAUGAGUGAAUAAGAAACCUGAACAGACCAUGGGGCUGCAAUUAUUGAGCCAUGUAGAUACUGGUCUCGCUUCACAGUGUUCAUUAACUAGAAAAACUUGCCAUUAUACUCAUAGCUCUAUUUACAGUAAACUGUACUAAAACAAGAUAAAGGUUCCGUCAAGGAGAGGCUGUAUUCACAUCAACAUUGACAUUGUGAUACAGCGUGGACACCUAUUUGUAGUGGGAGUACUGUGUGUUUGGUAGAAUAUGCCCUCUGCUGUUGAAGAGAACAACUAUGGAAAACAUUCCUUAUUAACACUGCAUUCAUCUUAAGUGGAGUGUUUGCAUACCACGUUUGAUGGUUAGUCUUGGUCUUGGUCCCCACUGAUUUAGAGUUGUGGUAUCUGUGUGUUUCUGAUGGGCCUCAUGGUUUAUUUUCCCUCUCUAUCUGUGUGUACAUGGACUGUAUGGAGUGCAGGGGGACAGAGGGGAGGCGGGUCGGCCACUGUCAACAAGCUUGGGACCGUGAGAAAGACGACAUACUAUUUGUGAUUUUGUGUUAAGCCACAGCUGUCAAAAUUCACCAGCGGCAAGGGUGCUGUUUUGGGUAAUAUCAAACGGAUUCAAGAUCUUGUUAAACUAUUGUAAUACACCCAACCCAUCUCUGAGGGUAAGGGAGUGGUCCUACUGUGUGUUGCCACAGUGGCAGUGCCUAGUGUACUCAGCCUGUCACAGAUGUUUAUAGAGCAGGCCUUAGCUGUGGGCUGUGUGGUUAAGGGUGUUACACUGUCAGUGGGAAAGGUGGAAAUGUAAAAGAUGAAAACUUUUUAAUGGUUGCCAUGGGUGAACCUGUCUGUCUGUCUGCUGCUCCCAGUGGUGUAAAGUACUUAAGUAAAAAUACUUGAAAGUACUACUUAAGUAGUUUUUGGGGGUAUCUUUACUUUACUAUUCAUAUUUUGGACUACUUUUACUUUUACUUCACUACAUUCCUAAAGAAAAUAAUGUACUUUUUACUCCAUACAUUUUCCCUGACACCCAAAAGUACUCGUUACAUAUUGAAUGCUUAGCAGGACAGGAAAAUGGUCAAAUUCACACACUUAUCAAGAGAACAUCCCUGGUCAUCCCUACUGUUUCUGAUCUGGCAGACUCACUAAACACAAAUGCUUCAUUUGUAAAUGAUGUCUGAGUGUUGGAGUGCCGUGGCUAUCCGUAAAUUUAAAAAAACAAGAAAAUGGCGCCGUCUGGUUUGCUUAAUAUAAGUAAUUUCAAAUGAUUUAUACUUUUACUUUUGAUACUUAAGUAUAUUUUAGCAAUUACAUUUACUUUUGAUAUUUAAGUAUAUUUAAAACCAAAUACUUUUAGACUUUUACUCAAGUAGUAUUUUACUGGCUGACGUUCAUUUUUACUCUAGUCAUUUUCUAUUAAGGUCUCUUUACUUUUGUAUGACAAUUGGGUAUUUUUUCCACCACUGGCUGCUCCAAUGUGAAGUCUUGUCCAGACAUCAGUCUCCUGGCAGCUGAAUGUCAGGAGGAGUGAUUUAUUUCUGCUCUAUCCUUUCCUUUCCUGCCUUUUUCUUAUUUUCUUCUUUUGUUGGAGAGAAAGAACAGCCUGUUGAGAAUGGAUUUCAGACUGUCCCUUAGACCAACUGGAGGAAGGAACGUGGUGUUAAGCCAGGGUACAUAGCUGCAGUGGUUCACCUCACAUAUACAAAAGUAAUUGUUUCAAGGAAAAGAGGAUCAGGUUGUUGUUUGGUUUGGAUGUUGGAAAGACUGGUUCACUUAUGACAUUAAGUAAUACGCUCUCAUUUGGCUUUCUUCUUGAUAUUAGAGGAAGAUAAUGAUGAACUUUAAACAAAUCUCAAUAAGGUUUUAUUUUGUAUUUUAUAGAAGAACAUGAGAGUCCACAUUUUUGUUGCAUCUGUUUGUUGUUCUUUGUCCGCUGCUGGCUGUUGUUUUAGGAGUAUUCAGGGUUCACUUCAAAACACAACCCACCACUCCCUUUUCAAAGGUCAGGAUAAAGUGGGCAAUCUGAUGGAAAAUCUGGCAUCCCCAUGUUUUCCCCUAACAGUGUUCAUAUCUGGUUUGCUGAUCGGCCCCCUGCAGUUCUGUGUUGUGAUUGUAAAGGUGAGUGAUGUUGUCUCUCUCCCUCCCUGUCCAGCUGUAUCUGAUGUUGACUGUCUCCAUAGAGAUCUUAAAAUGAUUAGAUAUAGUGAUUCUAUAUGUAAUUCUCUGGUUGUCUGUCUCCCUUCUGCAGUACCCUGUCCAGCUGUAUCCACGCGGUGGUGGCUCUGCUCUAUCCCUUCUCCUGGCAGCACACCUUCAUCCCCGUCCUGCCUGCCUCCAUGGUGGACAUCGUCUGCUGCCCCACACCCUUCCUGGUGGGGCUCCUGUCCAGCUCACUGCCCAAACUCAAAGACCUGCCUGUGGAAGAGGUUGGUACUUGAUUUUCUCCAUCUGUCUCUCUCUGGCUUUUCCCCUUUGUCUCCCACUGUCUUGCUUUUCUUUGAUCAGGUUUAAUGUAUUGGCUCCUCCUCAUUCUGUGCCUCUGAUUUGGUUUGCUUGAGGCUACAGAUUAGAGGCUAUUCCACUGUCACAUUCCAUCUCUCUGUUAGACACUGGGCUGGGGAGUUGCCUUCCUGUUACUGGUCAGCAGUAGAACGCCCACAACAACCUACAGUAUAUUACACAGUCAAUUACCCUGCUUGUUUUCAUUAAACAUUUACCCAAUGAGGGACUUAUAUUUCUGACGAGAAUUGCGUAGAGAAUGUUGAUCCUCUUGGCUGAUUGGUGCAGCCAUGGGACAGAUUCAGAGGGAUCCGGAUAUACAGUAAGUGGGACAUCUCACGAGACAGCUAUAAUGGUGCUCCUCCCAACCUCCCUCAGAGACCCAGUACCACCCCUGGGUCCAGGAUGAAACCACACUCUCAUGAUGACUGUCACAGGCUAAUUUGAAAGAAUGCCCUCUUGUCAAUUGUUGGACCAUCUGAACAAUUAUUUUCCAGUGAUUCAGAGCAAUUUUACCCUCAAACUUUUUUAAAAUGUCAUAUUCAUUCAAGCGCUACAUACCAGAGAUAGUUCUAAAUCAGUCUCAUGUUAAAUUCACAGUCACACAUUGAGCAAUAGCAUUGUGUUUUCGAAAGGUCGGCUCAAAUUCUCUCAGAGCGCUGGAUGUAAUAUGACCCGUUUCCUCUGUUUUGCUGCCCAUGGACCCUGUAGGCUCCCAGUAUUGAGUAUUAGAAUUCAAGCCAUGAGCUUCCCAAUAUUGAGCUGUCAGAGUCCACACAAAGUGUGAGGCCUGCUAUAGCUAUAAUUGCCUGUUCAGUGCUGUCCAGCAGUCUCGCUGUGGUCAAAGCCUGACAGGACGUUGACCUGCAGCAGUUUUGUCACCAAUUACAGAGAGAGGAGGACAAGACGACGCGUCUGCUUCUCUGCUCUCCCAGCUGGACUGUUCUGCUCUGUUCUGCAGCAUUCUUGGAACGGAGCGCUGAUUUGCCGAGGCACAGUGGAAAGAGGGGGAAAUCACUUGAAUCUGUCCUCGUUAAAGUAGCAACAACUCCUCCUGCCUCAAUGUGCUGUAGUGUGGCUGACCCUGGCCUAAACCCCCCAGUGAAUGUGGCCUUGGCAGUUGGCAGCUGCUGCUGCCUGCAGGGCCCAUGCCAGGGCAGCCUCAGCCCUCCACUCUGGGGUCCUGGGAGGGAGGUUCUGUCUCUCACUAAAAGCCUGGCAGGAGAAGCCAUCAGGCCUCUUAAAGCCCAGCUCUCUGCCAUUAACACAGUUAGUCCAAGUCAGCAGCAUCUGCCCUCAGCCCGUGGAAUGAGUGAAAAUACCAUCUCACCUCGUCUGUCAUACUUAACACAGGGCUUUUAAUGGCCUGUCAACAGCAUCUGUUGUCUUUUUACAUCUGUCUUGAUGUUGCUGAUCGACUCAAUAAAAAUUCCUCAAGUAUCCUUUCAGUGCUUUUAAAGAUCUUGUUUUAACGCUGGUAUAACACUUCCAACUUCUGGAAGAGCUCGUCUUUCUCUUGAUGGAGAGUUAGAUUUAUUUGUAGAGGGCAUUGGGAUUCCACUGUAUGCACAUGGAAGAAGCCUGGAUUUGAUUGAAGAUUCCUAAAUGUGAUCGACCACCUCGAUUCGGUCUUAUGGAGCAAAAUAGUAUUUUUUUUGAUAAACUUGUAACCCCACUUUUGAGAAUGUUCCUUGAAUGUUUUGGUACACCUCCUGAAAGCUCUCCUUUGUCUACACCCAUUCAGCAUCGUUGACACAUUCUUAAGCCUUAGCACCCAUCUCUUUAAGGAUUCAUAUGUGAGGCCAUGUGCUAAACAGAGUGAGCAGUUUAGUAAACAACCAAAGAUUUCAAGACUAAAAGUUGUAAAAGUAGUAGCCUACAAUAAAGAAAUACUCCAGGUAAAUAUACACUUUAUCUAGUCCUUGGCCUAUAUCCUAAUCUGACUUUGGUGCAGGUCAUGUUGUUCUUCACAUUACUGUCUCUGGUAAACACACACUAUAUUAAAUAAAUAAAAUCUAAGUUAAUUUGUCACAUGCACAGGAUACAGAAGGUGUAAACGGUACAGUGAAAUAGUUACUUGCAUAGUAGAAAUAUCAAAAACAGAAAGUGUCCAGAUAAAAUAUUUUAUAAUUAUUAGAUGACACUUACCCGACACACUUGUCUAAAUUGAUGGGUCAUGUGAAGGAAAUGCUAUAACCACCCCCCAGCCACAUCUAGCUAAGUGGAUGGGCCACAGUUGUCUAGACAUGUGCACAUGUUCAUGAAAUACAAUAGAUGGCCGUAAUCACCCCCAGACACACCUGGCUAACUUGAUGGGUCAUGUAAUCAUCUGGCGAAGUGGAGUCUUUUGUUUAGACAUGUAGCUAGCUAGCUAAACAAUGAACCAGCAUAAUCCCAACUCCUACUACUACCAAUACAAACAUUGUCAUAGCUGUAGUAUGAAUCUGCAGGUAGCUAAAGCUAACCAACUAGGUUCAAUGUUAGCUAGCUAACAUUAGGCUAUAACUAGUAAUGAAAAUGGUUUUCUGAUUCAAAUAAUAUUACUACACAGAUCAUAACCGUAACGUUAGCUAGCGAGCCAGUAAGCUAAUGUUCGCUAGAUAGCGAACAGUACGCUUUAACUUGCAAUGAAAACGACUUUCUGACAAAAUUAGAAACUGAUAAUAUCAGACAAUGUUGCUAGACUCUUAUCUGUAUACAUGGGUGAAUGCUUCACGACAGACUGGAACCAUUUAACUCUGUUUUGUUUGUAGCUACAUCUUGUUUGGCCAGUGUUGUGUAAAGUCACUCCGGUUCACACUGACCGUGGCCUGUGCAGAAAGUAGCCCAUCACUUUUUCCAACUGAUCUGUUGAUAGCGCCUGCUAAAUUCAGGGCAUCAAUGUUGUUGAGAAAAGUAGCAAAACUUUUGCAGUUCUCGAUGGCUAACGUUAUAUCUUUCAUAAACGGUGCGGUAGAAAGGACUAUAAACACAUACUGAACAGUUCAAGUUAUAGACAGAAGCAUGCUACAUGUCAGACCAAUCCAAACUCAUCUCUCGGCAUGUCCAGCCCAUCCAUUAUCUCAGCCAAUCAUGGCUAGUGGGAUGGUUCCUGUCUUUUUCCGUAGCUAAACCAAUUAGGCUCGUAAUUUAACAAUUUUAUUCGUAUUUACGGAUGGAAUAAAAGUUUGUUAUUGAGGCACAUGAAAGUUCACAUGUUCCAGAAGGCAUUUCUGCCAAAAAACGCAUUUUGAUAAAAAAUACUUGUUUAAGUUCAAAUGCCUCUCCUGUGAAGUAGUGACGUGCGACAUACGCCUAGUUUCCUGAAAUGAGUCACAAAUAUGUGACUUGUUUGUUUCCUUUGCAGGCUUUGAUGGUGGACCUGGGAACUGACCGCUUCAUCAGACAGGUUGGUCUCAAUUCUCCAGUACCUCCCCGUAACAAAGACCAGAAAGUUUAUUGUAAUAUAAUAUGGACUGAUCAUUUGAUAUUUUUGUUUAUUAUCGCUAAUUAAAUUGUUAUGCGUGUGUAUAGAUGGAUGAUGAGGCCUCGUUGUUGCCACGGAAACUCCAGUCUGCUCUUGAGCUAGCUCUGGAGCAGAGGAAUGACAUCAUCAAUCAGGACUCUGACAGCGAGUCAGACGAAGGUGAACGAGGGACACAUCAUCACUCUCUACUAAACCAGAUGUUACGAGUGUAAAUUAGGACAACAGAGCACUGGCCACGUUUCAACCCUGUGAACAAGAACAUGUACAGCACAUGUCUGGGAGCAAUACACUGUCUGUGGAGUGAUGAGAACUCCUGGAAUGGGUGAUUCACCUCACUGAAUUGAAGGUUACUGGUGUUCAGAAUGUAGUGUUUGUUUAAUGUUACGUAUGAAUACACUAUCAGUCAAACAUCAGCUCUAAAUAACUCUUGUGUCAUUCCCACAAAUGAUAUAGGCUUUACUUGAUUCUCAAGCACAAUUCUCAAGCAUAAAAAGAGUUCCAUUGUAGAUUGUGUUGCUUCUUUCUAGAUGUAUUGAACAUGUAUUAAGUGUGUUUCAGCAUCAUAAUACUAACCUAUCCUGUCUCGUCUGUUUCUGUAGAGUGUAACUCCUUGAACAGCCUGGUGUCGGAGGCCUUCAUCCGUUUCUUCCUGGAAACCAUCGGCCACUACUCCCUUUUCCUCACCCAGAGCGAGCGCGGAGAACGCAUCUUCCAGCGCGAGGCCUUCCGCAAGUCUGUGGCCUCCAAGAGCAUCCGUCGCUUCCUGGGGGUCUUCAUGGAGUCCCAGAUGUUUGCCGGGUUCAUCCAAGACCGAGAGCUGCGGAAAUGCCGGGCCAAAGGUAGAGCAAACCUACAGUGACCCUGUUAAUCCACCCCUACACAACAGUCUGUAAUGGUAUGGUCCUGUCUACUUGUUAAAGAGAUAAUAACGUUACGUGUGUCCUGUCCUCCUAAAAUGGAUUCAUUGUAGUUCAUCAUAACACAAAUAAUAUGUCAACUGUAAUGAUUGGUAGAAAUUCUCUUUAGAGGUAGGCUCUGCCACCCCUCACUUUUCCACCAAAGUAGUCCAAAAUCCCUAAAGGGAUCUUCUCAAACCUGUGCUGGUACGGACCACUAGUUGACAGUGGUUCUAGCUGGGUAUUCAGUGCCAUCUCCUGGUCACACAGUGAAGGGUAUUUCACCCCAUACCAAAACAUGCCUUCCCUGAUAUAUUGCACUGUAACAUUACCUCACAAUAUAACAUUAAUAAUGUUAAUAAUUACCUCAUGUUAUUCUGUCAUUUUGUUGUGUUUCUGUCAGGACUCUUUGAGCAGAGGGUGGAGCAGUACCUGGAAGAGCUACCAGACACAGAGCAGAGUGGAGUGAACAAGUUCCUCAAAGGGCUA